AUGAGUAACACCGCUGUGGCGAAGGCGUCGCUCGACAUCCAGCCCGUGCAUAUAUCCGUCCAAGAUGUCCGCGUAGAUGAAGUGGAAAUGCCGCAUCAGCCCCACUUCACCGUGGAGGCGGCCGGGCCGUGGAGGUGUGAAGAGGCAUCGAUAUCGGUGACGCGCAGUGUCGCCCUUCAUAGGCCAGAGGAGCAAGCAAGGCAGCAGCGAACGCCUCUCGGCGCGCACAAAGUGGGAACAGUCCACAUCAUUGCCGAGGAGCGAGUAUCUAGCACUGCGGCGCAUGAUACCAGUGCGACCAGCAGCAGCAGCAGCCCCAGUGCUGGCGCAACAGUCUUCCCCGUUCCUCUCUACGCGGCGCGUGUGUCGUAUCAGCGUCCGAAUCGAUACAAAGAGCACUGGAGUCUUUGCAUCGUGGAGGGACCACAGAACCCCACCGCGCUUUCUCGUCCUCAGUUUCACGGCGGCGCGCGUCGACACAGCCACAGAAGGGACCUUGAGUGCAGCGGGGACAAGUCCACUCGUGUAAUGUUUAUCGAUGUCGCCGCUCUCACCCCCGAUGCUCGCGCGUCGCUGCGCUGCACCAGUACCGGAGAAAUCUCUAUUCCCACAGCGCUCUACUUCCGAUGCGCAUCUGCGUCGUCGUCUUUGCCGGCUUCAGCGUCGACGAAAGACAACGGCAAGCUGCAAGUGCGCCACGCCCCUGGGCACGGCGCAUGGGAUCGAUCACAGCAGCGCCGUCGCCGGGUCAUACUUCUCCCGCCCACCGCGGCGGGCAAAACGUUUGAAUUGGUGUGUAUCAGCGUGAAGCGAGGGCGCGACGAGUGA